CACGCUGCCGAUGCCGCCGUCUGGUCUGGGUCUGCGUCGUCUGCGACAUCGUUGUCCACGCGCUGAGCCCAGCUAACGAUAGAAGAAGAAGAAGAAGAAAAAAAAUUAUCUGCCGCUUUUGGCUUCGUGGUGUGCGAGUUUGUUUCGCGUCCCGUUAGGACGUCAGAAACUUUACGGGGCCUUCAGCUAUGACGUGAACGAGAUUGGAGAGCGUCGCGGAAGACAGAAAAGCUACUGCCACUCCGGAGACCAAGGCGGCGUCAAGCAUCGGAGAGGAAACGUUCGCUUUGCUUUUUUGUUUAUUUCCUACCUUCAGGGCAUAAGUUUCUGCGGAGAGUGCGAUAGCUGCCAAGAUGAAGGCCCUGCUACUGAAGAGGAUCAACCUGCAUGCGGCCCUAGUGCGGUCCUCUCUGUGCCCUCUAUACCAGAGCACCUGUUACUACUCCUCCAGUCCUUCCCCUGACAUCAAGCCCAUCAAGAAGAUUCUUGUAGCUAACAGAGGUGAGAUUGCUAUCCGUGUCUUCAGGGCAUGCUACGAACUCGGCAUCGGAUCGGUUGCCAUUUACUCGGAGCAGGACAAAAUGCACAUGCAUCGACAGAAGGCGGAUGAGGCAUACCUCAUCGGGAAGGGCCUCUCCCCUGUCGAAGCCUACCUCAACAUCCCCGAAAUAAUCAGGAUCGCUCAGGAGAACCACGUUGAUGCCAUUCAUCCGGGAUAUGGUUUCCUCUCGGAAAGGUCAGACUUUGCUCAGGCUGUCAUCGACGCCGGCAUUCGGUUCAUCGGUCCCACGCCGGAGGUGAUGGCCAAGAUGGGGGACAAGAUAGCUGCACGCCAGUCAGCCAUCAGUGCAGAUGUGCAGGUUGUUCCUGGAACUGACAGUCCUAUAGAAACGACAGAGGAGGCUGUGGAAUUUUGCAAGAAACAUGGCUUACCGGUCAUCUUCAAGGCUGCUUAUGGUGGCGGUGGCCGAGGAAUGCGAGUCGUCAAGGAAAUGAGUGAAGUGGAAGAAAACUUUCAGAGGGCUACGUCGGAGGCGAAGGCUGCCUUUGGCAACGGUGCCAUGUUCAUUGAGAGGUUCAUUGUCCGCCCACGUCACAUAGAGGUUCAACUGUUGGGUGACAAAGCAGGCAACGUGGUGCACCUGUACGAGCGUGAUUGCUCGGUGCAGCGACGACACCAGAAAGUUGUGGAAAUCGCUCCUGCUGCCAACCUCAAUCCAGACGUCCGACAAGCCAUGCUUACUGAUGCAGUGCGCCUUGCCAAGCACGUCGGCUAUGAGAAUGCGGGAACGGUGGAGUUUCUGCUGGAUGAGACGGGCAAACACUACUUCAUAGAGGUCAACGCUCGGCUUCAGGUGGAGCACACCAUCACCGAGGAAAUCACUGGCGUCGACCUGGUGCAGUCUCAGAUCAAGGUUGCCGAGGGCACCUUCCUGCCGGACAUUGGGCUGGUGCAGGAGAACGUUGUGCCCAAGGGCUGUGCCAUUCAGUGCCGAGUCACCACAGAAGACCCGGCCAAGAACUUUCAGCCCGACACGGGACGCAUUGAGGUUUUCCGGAGUGGAGAGGGCUUUGGAAUUCGGCUCGACAGUGCGUCGGCUUUUGCCGGUGCCAUAAUCUCCCCGUACUACGACUCCCUACUCGUGAAGGUUAUCGCCCAUGCUCAAAACAUGAGGUCCGCAGCAGCAAAGAUGAAUCGUUGUCUGCGAGAGUUCAGAGUUCGGGGUGUCAAGACAAACAUUCCUUUCCUGCUCAACGUGUUCCAAAAUGAGCAGUUCCUCAGCUCCAACGUCGACACUUACUUCAUUGACGAGCACCCCGAGCUUUUUUACUUCAUGCCGUCGCAAAACCGGGCACAAAAGUUGCUCUACUACUUGGGCAACGUCAUGGUGAACGGUCCCAUGACUCCCUUGGCAACUCCGCUUAAACCAUCCGACCUCACCCCAGUCAUUCCGGACAUCGAGGCAGGCCCCGACAGACAGAAUUACGUACCUGGCUCCAAACCGCCACCAGGACUACGCGACUUCCUGGUCAAGGAAGGGCCCGAAGCAUUUGCGAAGAAAGUACGCCAACACGAUGGUUUGCUGCUGAUGGACACGACAUACCGUGAUGCCCACCAGUCACUCUUGGCCACACGAGUGCGCACGAUUGACCUGCUCAACAUCAGCCCCUUUGUUGCGCACAGCUUUAAUAAACUGUACAGCUUGGAAAACUGGGGUGGAGCAACAUUUGACGUGGCUAUGCGCUUCCUGCACGAGUGUCCUUGGGAACGGUUGGAGCGGAUGCGUACUCUUAUCCCGAACAUUCCGUUCCAGAUGCUUCUGAGGGGUGCCAACGCUGUGGGCUACACAUCUUACCCUGACAACGUGGUCUACAAGUUUUGUCAACUGGCAAAGGACUGUGGUAUGGACAUCUUCCGGGUUUUCGAUUCUCUCAACUACCUUCCCAAUCUAAUUCUCGGCAUGGAUGCGGCAGGGAAAGCAGGUGCUGUGGUGGAGGCAGCCAUCUCCUACACCGGAGAUGUCUCCAAUCCUGAAAGAACCAAGUACAACCUGGACUACUACUUGAAGUUGUCCGACGAGCUGGUCAAAGCUGGCACUCACGUACUCUGUAUCAAGGACAUGGCUGGCUUAUUGAAGCCACAGGCAGCACGCAUCCUGAUCACAGCACUCAGGGACCGACACCCAGAUGUGCCAAUUCACAUCCACACGCACGACACAGCUGGUGCGGGUGUUGCCUCUAUGCUGGCCUGUGCUGAAUCUGGCGCAGAUGUUGUUGAUGUGGCCGUUGACUCCAUGUCCGGUAUGACAUCGCAGCCUAGCAUGGGUGCCAUUGUGGCCUGUCUGCAAGGCUCCAAGUAUAAGACCAGGAUCUCCCUGGAAAGCGUGAGCCGAUACUCAGCGUACUGGGAGCAAGCUCGUACCCUGUAUGCCCCGUUCGAGUGCGCCGUCACCAUGAAGAGUGGUAAUGCCGACGUGUACGAGAAUGAGAUCCCCGGAGGACAAUACACGAACCUGCAGUUCCAGGCAUUCAGCCUGGGACUUGGCGAGCACUUCGAGAGCAUCAAGAAGGCCUACCGCGAGGCCAAUCUCCUGCUUGGUGACAUCAUCAAGGUGACGCCCUCUUCCAAAGUUGUCGGGGACCUGGCACAGUUCAUGGUGCAGAAUGACCUGACCAGCCAGGAUGUGCUUGACCGUGCUGAGGAACUGAGCUUUCCCAGCUCUGUGGUGGAGUUCAUGCAGGGCUACAUCGGAGAGCCCUACGGUGGCUUCCCAGAGCCACUUCGCAGCAAGAUCCUGAAGGACAUGGCUCGUAUCAGUGGCCGGCCUGGACAAAGCUUGCCUCCACUCGACCUCGGCGUGCUGAAGAAAAAGCUGGUCGACAAGUUUGGGCCCAGGAUACGCGAAACAGACGUCAUGAGUGCCGCCAUGUACCCCAAGGUCUGCGACGACUUCCUCAACUUCCGCCAAACCUUCGGGCCCGUCGACCUUCUUGACACACGAGUCUUCCUCGUCGGACCACGUGUUGGGGACAACUUUGAGGUGACAAUUGAGAAAGGCAAAACAUUGCACAUCAAGACCUUGGCUGUGGCUGCCGAUGUCACACCAACCGGUGAGCGCGAGGUAUUCUUUGAGCUAAAUGGCCAACUGCGAUCUGUCUUUGUCAAGGACAACAGUAUGAGUGAGGACAUUGUGGUACAGCCCAAGGCAGACAAAGACGUCAAGGGAAGCGUGGGUGCCCCCAUGCCGGGUACUGUGGUCGACAUCAAGGUCAAAGAAGGACAGGAGAUCAACAAGGGUGACGCGUUGGUCGUGCUGAGCGCCAUGAAGAUGGAAAUGGUGGUGCAGGCACCCGUGGCCGGCAAGGUGAAGAAGAUCUACAUCACCAAGGACAUGAAACUUCAGGGUGACGACCUUUUGCUUGAGAUCGAGGAGGCUUCGUGAUCUCGUUUAUUGGAACGAAGAGCCCCUUCUGUUUCUCAAAGUCCAUGUCUAUUGUUGGAGCAACUUCAGCGAUGAAUCCCUCACCCGAGCCAACAUUUCCGAUAGGCCAUGCGCUCGCAGUUCAGAAGUCCACAUGCGAGCAUUGGCCAAUAAUGACUUCCAAGAGAGGAACCAACCUGAAUGUUUAAUUUCCGGCACCUUUCCAUUGUUGUUCAUUUAUACCAUGUUCAUUUCUUCUUUCCUUCCACCCCGAGACAUGGGAUAUCGAUUACAAAGGCGCGCGUUUAUGAUGUGAUGUGUUCUUUAAGGUUUUCGGCUUCUAGGGGUGCCCUCGCCUUUCAGGAGCAUUGAAUGGGUGUCACAUAUCAACCAAAGCGCCCUAGUCAUCUGAUGCAACGUGCUUGCUCAUUGUGCUCGAUGAACAUAAAGCAGAGCCAACAUUCAGCUAAGCAACACACGAGGCUAGUUUGACCACAUUCUGUUUUCUCGUGCUUUCAACGAGGAACAGAAUAAUUGAAGAGCGACGCAGUGAAAGUGCAAACUAUUAGCUGAUUUUAUUCGAAGUGAGUGUUUAUACACGGUGAUCGGUGGGUGGCAAAAGUAGCUUCGCGAUUUGUUAAGAAUUAUAAAAAAAAUUAUAAAGACGAAACAAGCCUGGGAGUCCUGUUGGCUAGCCCUUAGGUUAGUCUAAUGCGCUAUUCACGUUUUGUAGGAAUUGAACUUCCUGUCAUUGUCUGUUAGACAUACUCUGUGAUUGUGCACAAAUUUGCACAGUGGCAGACACGUGUUCUUAAUUUUUAAAAAAUCUUUACGGGUUGACGGGCGUCCCUUCCCUGAUUUAGUGUUUGCUGGUUAGCGAGACAUUUAGUUACGUGAAGGUGCACUCCAGAGAGUGCCAUGCUUUAGCUAACAAGCCACUCUUGUGACGUCCAACUCGAUUAUUGCCUAUAUCAAUAGAUGAACGAUUUCCCUUAGGCAUUACUUAUGUAUAGUAUACGCUUCCGGUGUUUGCCUUUUGCAAGCAACCAAUUUUCCGGUGCCGUUGACUCUAUCGUCAUUUUCUACAUUUAUGUUAUAUAAUAUAAAAAGUAGUUUAUUUGCAUUUUAUAUACAACUUUUAGGAGACCUAAAAGUGGUUUUACAGGUUCAUUUCAAAGUGUUUUUUAUAUGCUUUGCGGUCGAAGUCGUGUUACAGUUAGUCAAGUACCUCGAACAUUCUAUUAAAAAAAAAAUCUCAUGUUCUUAAUAAGAGUGUUGGACAUUUUAGAAUACUUUUUGUUCCAUUUUUUUGUUUGUGUAUAUUCAUGUGUGCAAUUGUUGUACAAGCAUCACUUCAGUUUAGUUAGGGAGUGCUCUAGAGGUCUCCAAUUUUUUCCCUGGGAACUCAAGAAAACAGCCUUAACCACUGCCUUGGUGAUCCACUUGUCAGCGAAUAGAAGCGUGGGAGCAGAGCACCUUGAAGUGCUUGUGUUGUUCGAGAGUGAUAAUGCGGUCUUUCAGAGAGAGUCUUCCAAGGAAGGUGCGUAUGAAUAGUUCCACACAUGUCUAUUUUUCACAAGUCGUUUUUUAUUUUGGUCGGUCCUCAUGUGCUCUUGCUGUAUAUAAUCACAAUAAAUAAAACGUCGAAACGC